CAUUCAAUAUAUAUUUUAUUUAUUCGGGAUAUAUGUUGCCGUUGGAUAUUUAUUUUUUGGUGGAUCAUUGGCAGUAGUAGCAAUUUGGGAUGCUUGCGUAUGUGUGUGUCUGUGUGUCUGUGUGUGUGUGUGGUAUGUAAGAUCUUGGUUUCCCCUUUUGCUGUCGCCAUCCCCAUCGCUUGUCAAGAUCUUUGCCGUAACCUACAUUAUUUUUAUAGCUUCUUAACGGCCACACACAAAUCGGACACCUGUUCAUCAUCUCGUCAAAGUUUACGAUUACAAUAUAUAGUAGUUUGUUUUUUUUUCAAUUUGUUAUUCAUGUAUGAAAAUAAAUGAAUUUAUGAUUGAUUGAUGAUUGAUUAUGAAAAUGUUCUCAUCGUUUGGUCGAUAUUCACAUGCAAUUGUGGCCCGUGUUCCGGACAAUUUUUGUGAAACACAAUCUGGCCUUUUACAAGCAAGACAAGAACAUGAACGUUUUACGAAACUAUUACGUUCACUUGGUCUUGAUGUUAUCGAAUUACCUGCCGAUCCACAAUUACCGCAUAGUGUUUAUGUUGAAGAUACUGCCUUCACUGUCAAUGGUACCGCAUUGAUUUGUCGUCCUGGUCAUCCUUCCAGAAUUAAAGAGGUGGAUACCAUCCGAUCAAUCCUGAGUAAAGAGCUUAAUCUGCCAUUGAUCGAGAUAACCGAUCCAAAAGCCAAACUAGAUGGUGGCGAUAUCCUCUUUACAGGCCGUGAAAUAUUUGUCGGUGUUUCACAACGAACCAAUCUAAGUGGUGCUUUAGCCGUUGCAUCUGCAUUUCCCGAAUUCUAUGUAACACCAAUCAAUGUUCCACGUAAAGUUCUUCAUCUGAAAUCCUGUGUUUCAAUGGCUGGUCCGGAUAUUCUUGCCGUUAGUUCCACAAUGGAAGCUCAGGAAAUACUACGGCGUAUUGCUUCCGAAGCUUCAUUUCCAUAUACGACCAUUACGGCCAAUGAUAAUGAAUCUGCCAACGUUCUCUACAUUAAUGGAACAUUAAUUCAUCGUUCCGAAUUUCCACAAAGUGUAGCCAUUUUUGAGAAUAAAGUCGAUUAUAAACGUACGGAAACAUCGGUAUUUGAAUUGUGUAAAAAUCAAGGUACAUUAAGUUCAUUGUGCAUAUUGGUCAAGAAAAGUCGUCCACAUCAUACGGUUGUUUGAAAAUUUAUCACAACAUCAAGUAUUAAUUAUUAACAUUCCACCACAAAAUGUAAUUGAAAAAAGUAUUGAAAAUGGAUGACAUGAUAUAACAUUCAUAUUUUACAGAAAAAAAAACAUUUGUUUAUUUGAUGAAUUUUACAAUUUUACAAGAUAAUAUAUAUAUAAUAUCAUCAUCAUUUAUCAUUUAUCAUAUCAUUUAUGGUAUAUUAAUUAUUAAAAAAUGUUUGCAUUUUGUUCCAAUUA